CUUCGCCUUGCACGCUGGGAGACACCAGUCACUUUUCUCCGUCAUGGCGGCCCGUGUCCUGCAGCAGUGUGUCCGCUCGCUCGCCCGGCCUUCGCUGAGGCUUUGCUCCGGUAACCUGGCAGUCAGAGCCGCUGCUGCCCCGGCAGUAUCCAUUCACCGACCUCUCUCCUUCGCCGCAGACAGCCGGAGGACGCGGUGGCUCGGUCAGAGCCGGGUCUCCUCGGUGGGUGUCUUUUGCCGACAGUAUGGAGACCUGCCCCCCCUCACCUUAGAGACCAUCAAAGACCGUGUCAUGUAUGUGCUCAAGCUCUACGACAAGAUCAACCCAGAAAAGCUGCAGACAUCCUCCCACUUCAUGAAAGAUCUGGGUCUGGACAGCUUGGACCAAGUGGAGAUCAUCAUGGCCAUGGAGGAUGAGUUUGGUUUUGAGAUCCCAGAUGCAGAAGCAGAGAAGUUGAUGACUCCUGAGGAGAUUGUACAAUACAUCGCAGACAAGAAGGAUGUUUAUGAAUAAUCUGUUCUAUAGCUUACUACAGAGAGAGGUUGAUCCCAGCGUGACUCCCACAGGAAGUUCUUGUGAAGCAGAUGGGCGCCAAAUCAAAUCCCACCCCCCCGUCAGCUCUUCUGUCAAUUAUGGCACCGUGCUGCCGUGUCUUGUGUUUAACUGUAUUUAAAUGAACAUGUGCUUUUGGAGCUCGGAGAAAAACAAAAUAUUAAACAAGGUUAUAUCACAGUUUGGAUUCUUUUUUUUCUUCUUCUUCAGCUCCACCCUAUGGUUCCGAUGUAUAAUUUCUCAUGAAUAGAUCAAUAAAGACACAUGCUGUA